UCAUGACAACAGCUAGGAGCUCAUUUUAAACAUAUGUGACGAAUUUACAAAAGCACAAAGCGAAGUAAACUGACCAAGAGAAUAUGACAAAGAUUCCGUUGAAUGACACAGACUUUGAAUAUUUAAGAACUACACUUAUAUCAGAAUCAGCAAGUGUUUCAGACAAAUUUGAUAAGCUGUAUUAUUCUAAAGGAUACCUUACAGGACGGCAGGCUGCGGCCAUCUUAGCUUGUUAUAAAACAGCUCCAGAAAGAGUCAAGGUGAUAAAAGCCUUACAAAAAAGAUUAUGCCGUAUGACAUGUGCUGAAGCAACUGAAAUAUUAAAUGUUUUACAAUCAACCAAUUAUGAUCGAUUGUUUGCAUUGGACUGUAUUAAACAUUCAUUAAUUGAUCAUGAAACAACUGAUGGCAUUGAAUAUAUCUUGAAAGCUUUUGUUUAUGAAAUUGAUAAAUUGAAAGCAUUACGAAUAUUAUCAACUGUUAGUAUGUAUGUCAAAAAAGAGCUAGCCAGUGGUGGACAUCAAGUCUAUGCACCAUUCGGUGGUCUUUAUACCCAAAGCUUUCCAGGUUGUGAGGCACUCUAUGGACCAAUUAGUGAACAAAUGGCUCUCAAAGAUCAUUUAGUAAAGCCUUCUCUUCCAGUAACAGCAAAUAUACAUCCAUCACUGUCAAUAUUUCAUUCAUCACCAUCAUAUAAAUAUAUAGGUGACUUAAAUCGUUCAUGGUAUCCCGGUGGCGGUAGACCACCUUUACCACGAUCAAUAGCGGAUUAUGUUAAAGUAGGUCCGCCGAAACAACUAGCUGAAACUGAGCCGGAUUUUCUCAAAACAUCCCCCAUCUUUCAUGAUAACAAUGCUGACAAUACCAAUAAUGUAUGUUUAACUGUUGAUCAAGUUGAAAAAAGCGAAUAAAUCGUCAUCUAUUUGUGAGCAAGCAGAAACUAAUUGUCGUCUUUAAUAUUAUUUUACAACACAAAUUGAAUUUUUUUAUCCAUUGUGAAACUAGUUAGAACAAAAAGGAUUUUUCACACAUGCAAUUGUUAGAUGUAUGCAAUUCGUGAGUAAUUAAAUAUUUUUUUAUCUGAAAGAACCAGACUUCUUUACUUAAAUUGGACAUAAAAUAUGAUAUUCAAAAGAAUUAUUGAUAUUUUUGUUUACAAUUUUGCAAGAAUAUACAAUUGAAUGGACACGAUCAAUCAGUAUUUUACUAUUGAAGAAGAUAUAUAAGAAUAUGAGAUGUAGAUUAUUAAACCUUUACUUCAUGAGUUAGUUAACUAUCAGAAGAAAAUAAAGAAUAAAGAAUUACUGAUAACAUCUGC